AUGUCUGAUACACACCCUUUUGAUCCUCUUGGCCCCCAGGAAAUUACCAAGGUGGCCGCAAAAGUUGUCCAAGAGGUACUCCAUGGAAAAAGUCUCAACUUUCGCGUUAUCACCUUAAAGGAGCCACCAAAGCAGGAGAUGAUAGCUUUCUUGGAGAAGGAACAUCUUGAGCAGCCCCAAAUCUCCCGACCUGCUCGUAUUGCUCAUAUCCAAGUGAUCGUUCGAGGUGACUCUGGACCAAAUGAACUCACCGAGCUUCUGGUUGAUCUGGACCGAAGUGCUGUCGUUCAACGAGAGGUCCUUAUGGGAAAACACUCGUUUAUUGACUCGGCUUACAUGAAAGAUGUUGAAAAUGCUUGUAUGGCAGACGAGAGGGUUAAAAAUGAGAUUCAAAAGUUGAAGCUUCCUCAAGGGGCAUCAGUCGUCGUUGAACCGUGGGCUUAUGCCACUGAUGGCAUGAACGACAUGUCGGAGCGGACUAGCAUGUGUUGGUUCUAUAUGCGACUGGUGGACAAUCCUGACGCCAACUAUUACGCAUAUCCACUUGACUUAUGUGCGGAGGUCUCUGAGCAGCUCAAGGUGACCAAGGUCUACCAUUUACCUUCGUCUGAGAGUGAGAGGGUCCAUGAAGAAGCACGACCAUAUGACCCCUGUAAGAUCCAUUCCGCUGCUCUGAGUGAAUAUCAUCCCAGCCUGCGACCACCACCGCGCACAACCACCAAGCCCUACCAGGUGGUCCAGCCAGAAGGGGUUUCCUUCAAGUCACAAGGUAGUCUGUUGAUGUGGGAGAAAUGGACUAUGCGGGUUGGAUUCAACUAUCGUGAGGGUCUCACGCUGCAUGACAUCCGUUAUGACGGUCGGAGUCUCUUUUACCGACUGUCUUUGGCAGAGAUGUUUGUGCCAUAUGGUGAUCCUCGUGCUCCGUUUCCGCGCAAAGCAGCAUUUGAUCUUGGGAACGAUGGUGCUGGGAUCAACGCGAACAACUUAUCUCUUGGAUGUGAUUGCCUAGGACUGAUCAAGUAUUUUGAUGGAUGGCAUAACACUUCCUCAGGAGAACCAUUAAAAUUGCCCAAUGUCAUCUGCUGUCAUGAGCAAGACGAUGGGAUUUUAUGGAAGCACACAAACUUCCGCACAGGAGAUGCCGCGGUGGUAAGAUCACGUAUUCUGGUCUUACAGACAAUUAUCACAGUUAGCAACUAUGAGUAUAUCUUUGCUUUCCACUUUGGCCAAGAUGCUUCGAUUCAUUAUGAAGUUCGGGCCACUGGGAUCCUGUCUACCAGUCCUAUCAACAUAGGUGACGAAGUUGGAUAUGGUACUAUUGUUGCCCCGGGUGUCCUUGCACCAUAUCACCAACAUCUGUUCUCCCUUCGUAUUGAUCCUGCGAUUGAUGGAGUUGCAAACUCGUUGCAGGUUGAGGAGUCCAGCCCUUUGCCCUUCAAUGACCCAUCCGUGCGAAAUCCUUUUGGGGUCGGCUACACCACACAUUCAAAGAUUGUGACAGAGGAAGGUGGACUCGAUCUCGAUUUUAACAAGAAUCGCACGUUCAAGAUCAUCAAUGAGGCUAAGGUCAAUCCCAUCACCGGUACACCAGUUGGUUUCAAACUCGUUCCAUGCUAUAGCCAACUGCUGCUGGCCCAUCCAGAGUCUUUCCAUGCAAAGCGAUCUGAAUAUGGAAACCACGCAGUCUGGAUCACUCGUUACAGCGAUGAUGAGCUUUUCCCGGCCGGAAAACAUACUAUGCAGUCCCUUGGCGGCGAAGGGAUCAACUCGGCAAUUGCUCAACGGAGAAAUGACCCGGAUUCCAAGUCAACGGUGCGAAAUGAAGAUAUUGUUAUUUGGCACACAUUUGGAUCGACACAUAAUCCAAGAAUCGAGGAUUGGCCAGUGAUGCCAUCUGAAAAGAUGGUGGUUGGUCUCAAACCAGUCAACUUCUUUACGGGAAACCCGAGUUUAGAUGUUGCUAUAUCGAAUCAAGGGGAUAACCAGAGUCGACUUGUUGAAUCCGAGUCAAUAUCCACCUGUUGUUCUCCAAUUAAAAUAUGA